UAACGUUUGAAGUGGACGGACGUGUUUUGUUUUGGCUCGCUCUCUUUCUCACUCUCUUCAGUUCAUUCCCAAUUUUGUGAUAAACAUUCCAUUAGUACGGAGUGCAGCGAUAAGUUCAACAGUGCUUAGUUUUUUUUGGCCAAGCGACGACGCUCCCUGCAAACCCGUUUCCUGCCCAAAAACCCAACCAGCUAGCCAGCUUCAAGUAAUACCAACAACACAACAACAACAACAACAUCAGCAUUAACAUGUCGGCCAAUCGUGCUCCAAAGAGUGGUUUUGCGGCUGAAGCGCAGCGUAAGAUCAAUUCCAAAUACAGUGAGGAACUGGCACAGGAGUCGCUGGAAUGGAUUAAGGCUGUCACAGCUGAGCCCAUCAACACAUCCGGUGAGACGGACAACUUCUAUGAAGUGCUUAAGGAUGGUGUGAUUCUGUGCAAAUUGGCCAAUGCCCUGCAGCCGGGUUCCAUUAAAAAGAUCAACGAAAGCAAAAUGGCCUUUAAGUGCAUGGAAAACAUUUCCGCUUUCCUGGAGUGCGCCAAGAACUUUGGUGUGCCCAUGCCGGAGACCUUCCAAAGCGUUGAUCUCUGGGAGCGCCAGAAUCUCAAUUCUGUCGUUAUCUGCCUGCAGUCGCUGGGCCGCAAGGCUUCCAAAUUCAACAAGCCAUCCAUUGGGCCCAAGGAGGCUGACAAGAAUGUGCGUGAUUUCUCGGAGGAGCAGCUGCGCGCCGGCCAGAAUGUCAUCUCUCUGCAGUAUGGCUCGAACAAGGGCGCAAAUCAGUCGGGCAUUAGCUUUGGCAACACCCGACACAUGUAGAAAAUGCAAUUCCAAGGCCCAAAUCCUACUUACUCAUAUUACACCAUGAAGCCAAAACCCGACAUCUUCCGCUUAAGCCGUAGACAUUCCGUUUAUUCCAAAAAAUUGUGUAACGGUGUAUUUAUAAAGACAACUGGUAUUUGUAUUUCUAUUGAUCAUGACUAUGCACUAGGCAUACGACGAGUAUGCUGUAUUUAACGAUAAUAUAAACGUUUAUUUAAUUUAUUAUUAUUAAGUACGAGUACUCGAACGUACAAAAGAAUUUUUAAACUAAUAUACAUAAAAUGUAUAUUCUAUUUUCAACAAGCAUACAUAGCUAACUACAAUUCCCUCUACGCAUUUUUGGCACGAUCUAUUUUUAUAAUAAUAUCCCAUCCAAUUUGUAGGACAAUGCACUUGACCUGCGUGCCAUUAGAAUGCAUAUUUACGUAUGUGUAACACGAUUUGCCUUGUGCCUAAAGUACCAAUAAUUUCAAAUCAAAAGUGUCUUUUUUUAUCUCAAAGAGUCUUGUUCAAAACUAACCACCUGGAAUUCAAUUAAGCAGCAUUUAAGCCAAUACAUUGAAAAUCCGUAACAGAUAUCAAACAAAUAUAUAUUUAAUAUGAAUUUCAGUUU